AUGGCUACCACCACACGAACAGCUCAAGCUGCCCUGAGGGCCCUGCGCUCUACUGCGCGACCUUCGACAUCGUUCACAUUUCGAACCUACGCAUCUGUCGCCGAGCCUGAUCUCAAGUCUACACUGCAAUCCGUCAUUCCUGAGAAAAGAGAGUUACUGAAGGAGGUCAAGAGCCAUGCCGAUAAGAAGAUUGGCGAUAUCACCGUUGGACAAGUCGUUGGUGGUAUGAGAACCAUGAAGUCCAUGGUUUGGGAAGGCAGUGUUCUGGAUGCUGAUGAAGGCAUCCGCUUCCACGGCAAAACAAUUGCCGACUGCCAGAAGGAGCUUCCAAAGGGCACUUCUGGCACAGAGAUGCUUCCGGAGGCUAUGUUCUGGCUUCUGCUAACUGGAAAAGUCCCAUCCACUUCUCAAGUCCGAGCUCUUUCUCGUGAGCUGGCCGAGAAGUCGGACCUUCCAGCCCAUGUGGUUAACAUGCUCCGAUCCUUCGACAAGAACGUUCACCCCAUGACGCAGCUGUCCUGCGCUGUGGCUGCCCUGAACACCGAGUCUUUGUUCGCCAAGAAGUACGCCGAGGGACUGAGCAAGGCUGAGUACUGGGAGCCUACAUUUGAGGACAGCAUCAACCUUCUGGCCAAGUUGCCCCGUGUCGCAGCAGCCAUUUUCGACAAGGCUGCUCUGGACAUCCCAGUUGAUAAGGACCAAGACUGGGCCUACAACUUUGCCAAGCUGUUAGGAAAGCCAGGCAAGGAGAACGAGGGCUUCCAGGAUUUGCUCCGUCUCUACUUGGCUCUUCACGGAGACCAUGAGGGUGGCAACGUCUCUGCCCAUGCCACCCACUUGGUCGGGUCUGCUCUCUCUGACCCGUACCUGUCAUACUCUGCUGGUCUGCUUGGUUUGGCCGGCCCUCUGCACGGUCUUGCCGCACAGGAAGUCCUCCGAUGGAUCCUGAAGAUGAAGUCGCAGAUUGGCGAAAACUACUCUGACCAGGAUGUCAAGGACUACCUGUGGGCUACUCUUCGCUCCGGCCAGGUCGUCCCGGGCUAUGGUCACGGUGUUCUCCGCAAGCCGGAUCCCCGUUUCAAGGCAUUGAUUGAUUUCGGUGAUUCUCGCCCGGAUAUUGCCAAGAACCCCGUCUACCGCCUAGUUAAGAAGAACAGCGAGAUUGCACCGGGCGUUUUGACUGAGCAUGGCAAGACCAAGAAUCCCCACCCCAACGUCGAUAGUGCCUCCGGCGUGCUCUUCCACCACUACGGCUUCCAAGAUCCUCUGUACUACACAGUCACUUUCGGCGUCAGCAGAGGCCUCGGCCCGUUGGCCCAACUUAUCUGGGAUCGUGCACUUGGUCUGCCCAUUGAGCGGCCAAAGAGCAUCAACCUUCAGGGAUUGUUGAAGCUCGUGUAG